ACCUGCCUUUUUAUGCUGACAGUGGUGACAUGCUCCUUCACCCAGCGCCCGGACCCCCUCGCACCCCCUACUCCUGAGUACGCCCAUUCCAUUAGAAUAGACGGUGACAUUAUAUUGGGAGGCCUUUUCCCAGUGCAUGCACGAGGAGAACGUGGUGCCCCCUGUGGUGAGCUGAAGAAAGAGAAAGGCAUCCACCGCUUAGAGGCCAUGCUCUUUGCCAUUGACCUCAUCAACAAAGACCCUGACCUACUGCCCAACGUCACGCUGGGUGCUCGCAUCUUGGACACCUGCUCACGAGACACCUACGCUCUGGAGCAGUCGCUUACCUUUGUGCAGGCUCUCAUUGAGCGUGACCCCUCUGAUGUGCGCUGUGCUAGCGGAGAGCCACCCAUCUUUGCUAAGCCAGACAAGAUUGUGGGUGUGAUCGGUGCUUCCGCCAGCUCCGUUUCGAUCAUGGUGGCCAACAUCCUACGGCUGUUUAAGAUCCCUCAGAUUAGCUAUGCAUCAACUGCACCGGAGCUGAGUGACAACACCCGCUAUGACUUCUUCUCCCGAGUGGUGCCACCUGACUCCUACCAGGCUCAGGCAAUGUUGGACAUUGUCACAGCCAUGGGCUGGAACUACGUCUCCACGCUUGCCUCUGAGGGAAACUAUGGAGAAAGCGGUGUGGAGGCCUUCGUUCAGAUCUCUCGGGAAACCGGUGGUGUAUGUAUUGCACAGUCUCUGAAAGUCCCCAGAGAGCCCAGACCAGGAGAGUUUGACAAGAUCAUCUUGCGGCUGCUGGAAACCCCCAACGCUCGUGCCAUCAUCAUGUUUGCAAAUGAGGACGACAUCAGACGCAUCCUUAAUGCUGCCAAGAGAAACAAUCUGACAGAUCAUUUCCUCUGGGUGGGGUCUGACAGUUGGGGCUCGAAGAUCUCCCCCGUGGUUCAGCAGGAGAAAGUGGCUGAGGGAGCCAUAACCAUUCUGCCUAAAAGAGCUUCGGUUGAUGCUUUUGACAGAUACUUCAGAAGCCGCUCCUUAUCCAACAACCGGAGGAAUGUGUGGUUUGCCGAGUUCUGGGAGGAGAACUUUGGAUGCAAGUUGGGAAUGCAUGGCAAACGUCCUGGCAGCCCUAAGAAGUGCACAGGGUUGGAGAAGGUCGGAAGGGACUCCAGCUAUGAACAGGAGGGGAAGGUGCAGUUCGUGAUGGAUGCUGUGUAUGCCAUGGCCCAUGCUCUUCACCGCAUGCACCGAGACUUAUGUUCUGGAUACCCGGGACUUUGUCCUAGAAUGAGCAACAUUGACGGCAAAGAGCUGCUGGGUUACAUCCGCAAUGUCAGCUUUAAUGGAAGUGCCAAGACCCCUGUAACAUUCAAUGAGAACGGAGAUGCUCCUGGACGAUAUGACAUAUUCCAGUAUCAAAUUACUAAUGGAUCAAUGGCUGAGUACAGAGUCAUCGGCCACUGGACAGAUCAUCUUCAUUUAAAUAUGGAUGCCAUGCAGUGGGUGAGUGGUGACUCAUCUGUGCCUGCCUCAGUGUGCAGCCUGCCCUGUCGGACGGGCGAGCGUAAGAAAGUGGUUAAAGGAGUGCCCUGCUGCUGGCACUGCGAGCGCUGCGAAGGCUACCAUUACCAGGCCAGCGAGUUCACCUGCCAGCUCUGCCCAUAUGAGCAACGACCAGACCACAACCGCACUGGCUGCCAGCCCAUCCCCAUCAUCAAGCUGGAGUGGCACUCGCCCUGGGCCGUGGUGCCUGUUUUCAUUGCCAUUCUGGGCAUUAUCGCCACCACGUUUGUGAUAGUCACUUUCAUACGCUAUAACGACACACCGAUUGUACGUGCCUCUGGUAGAGAGAUGAGCUAUGUGCUGUUGACUGGAAUUUUCCUCUGCUACAUCAUUACCUUUCCCAUGAUUGCAACGCCUGGAGUGGCUGUCUGCUCUUUCCGCAGAAUCUUCUUAGGCCUUGGUAUGUGUUUCAGCUACGCCGCGCUGCUUACCAAGACCAAUCGCAUCCACCGCAUCUUCGAGCAGGGUAAGCGUUCAGUGGCAGCGCCGCGCUUCAUCAGCCCUGCCUCGCAGCUGGUCAUCACCUUCAGCCUGAUCUCAGUGCAGCUUUUGGGUGUGCUGGUGUGGUUUAUUGCUGACCCACCACACACGAUCGUGGAUUACGGCGAGCAGCGCACACAGGACCCCGAAAACGCUCGUGGAGUGCUCAAAUGUGACAUAUCUGAUCUCUCACUCAUCUGUUCAUUGGGCUACAGUAUUCUUUUGAUGGUCACAUGCACUGUUUAUGCCAUCAAGACCAGAGGAGUACCAGAGACCUUCAAUGAGGCCAAGCCCAUUGGAUUUACUAUGUACACCACCUGCAUCAUUUGGCUUGCCUUCAUUCCAAUCUUCUUUGGGACGGCACAGUCUGCAGAGCGGAUGUACAUCCAGACGACCACCCUGACCGUGUCCCUGAGCCUGAGUGCGUCUGUAUCUUUGGGGAUGCUCUAUAUGCCUAAAGUCUAUAUAAUCAUCUUCCACCCAGAGCAAAACGUGCCCAAACGCAAGCGCAGCUUCAAGGCGAUUGUCACAGCCGCCACCAUGUCCAGCAAGCUCAGCCAACUGGCCAGCGAGAGGCCAAAUGGAGAGGUGAAAACUGAGCUCUGCGAGAGUGUGGACAACAGCACACCGCCUACAAAAACAACCUACGUCAGCUAUACCAAUCAUGCCAUAUGAAGAUGCAUCCUGAGUAGAAGAUUCUGGGAUUGUUUACAUGAGGCAUGGAUUAAUGGCACUGACUGGAGCUAAAGCAUGACACUAUGAUGUUGUUCGUAGUAAAGAGAACGACUGGUUGGACUGAGACAAGAACGUUUUUUUUUCUAACAUUUACACUAGUGGCCAUGCAGCACUCAGAAUGAAUGGCACAGCAGUCGCUGCUGGCAUAGCAGUGAACAUUAACUGGAUGUCAGUGAAGGAGCGAGAGGAAAAAAAUAUAUAUAAAAAUUCAGAAAACAAAGGAAAUAUUGGAGUCAACCAUGUUAGUCGUUAUUCUAAUUGUAAGUAUUUCGUGGUUGUGCAGACUUUUUAU